UUGGGAACGAUAAAUGCAAGAAUAAGAGGUCUCAGAAACUCAAACAUAUCCCCGCGUAACUCAAAUCUAUUUCCAACGGCCAUUAUAUAUCCUUCCUCAAGUCUUCGUUCCAGUGUUUGUGUUACCUCGGGGCCUCUCUGUUCCUUUCACUCUUUCUUCGGAAAAUUAGUAGGCAUGGCUCUAGCACCCGCUUAUUAUGCGGAGAACCGGCAGGGCAGCACCGCUAGGGCGUGUCUGGGGACCCUGAUUUUUCUUCUCCUCCUCAUGUUCAGUACUUUUGCCUGCAUUGCUGUUUCGCAAACGGUCGUGGAGACGCUGCCUGGCUUUCCCGGGACGCUCCCGUUUAAGCUUGAAACUGGGUAUAUUGGAGUGGGAGAUGCAGAUGAGGUGCAACUAUUUUACUAUUUCAUAGAGUCAGAGAGGAACCCAGUUACAGACCCUCUUCUGCUGUGGAUCUCCAGCGGCCCUGGCUGCUCUGGUUUGGCUGCUCUGGCAUUUGAAAUUGGUCCUUUAACUUUUGAUGUUGGAGCCUUCAAUGGAAGCAUUCCAACACUUGGGCAGAAUCCACAUUCAUGGACCAAGGUUGCUAGCAUAAUAUUUAUAGAUCAGCCUUGUGGAGCUGGAUUCUCAUAUGCAACUACUUCAGACGCUUACAACACCUCAGACACACGAUCAGCUGCAAAGGUCUAUAGUUUUCUGAGAAAGUGGUUCACGUUUCAUCCACAAUUUCUCUUCAAUCCACUGUACAUUGGUGGAGAUUCAUAUUCUGGAAUGACCCUUCCAGUAAUCGUUCAAACAAUCCUAAAUGGUAUUGAAGAUGAUCUUUACCCAAUGAUGGAUCUUCAAGGGUACCUGCUUGGGAAUCCAGCAACAGAUUAUUUCGUUGAUGGAAAUUCAAGGAUCCCAUAUGCUCACCGAGUUAACCUUUUAUCAGAUGAGCAGCACUUGGGAGCUGAGUUAUAUUGCCAUGGAGAUUAUUUGAACGUAGACGCAAAUAAUACACUAUGUCUAACUGUUCUUCAGAGUAUCAAAGAGUGCCUCCAAUUACUAAACUAUGGCCAGAUUUUGGAACCUUUGUGUGGCUUUUUAUCCCCAAAAAUAAAACAGACAGAGUGGGAUCCCAGAGCACAAGAGGAAGAUGAUAUAAAUUUCAUCCUUUCCCUUCCUAAACUUCCCGAAUUGCGGUGUCGGAGUUUUGGCUAUGCACUUGCCUACAAGUGGGCAAACAACAAGAGUGUUCAAGAUGCUCUCAAUGUUCGACCGGGAACAGUUGCAAAUUGGACUAUGUGUCCCAAACGUUUUGAUUCUUACACAAAAGAUGUCAACAGCACAAUCGCCUAUCAUAAAAAUUUCACAGAAACAGGCCUUCGAGCUCUGAUAUACAGCGGUGAUCAAGACCUUAUUGUUCCAUAUAUGGGAACUAUGGAAUGGAUAAAUGCUCUUGGAUUGUCUAUUUUCGAUCAGUGGCGACCAUGGUUUUUUGAGGGGCAGGUUGCAGGAUACACACAGAAGUAUAUGAACGAUCACUUCAGUCUAACAUAUGCAACUGUAAAGGGAGCCGGACACACAGCUCCAGAGUACAAGCCCGAGGAAUCUCUUGCCCUGGUUGAUAGGUUUUUUGCCCGUUAUCCUAUCUGAUAGAUUGUUGGAGAUUUGGAAUAUCCAUUUGGGGAUCCAAACUUGCAUUUGUAUGUUAAUUUAAGAUAAACCUAAGGAUUAAACCAUGGAAUCAUUGACAUUGGUUAACCAAGGAUUUUAUUAUUAUUUGUGGAGCAUGCAAAAAAGAGGGUUUAUUGCUUUGAUUGCAUAAAUGUCAACACCAAAAUUAAGUCAAAGUGAAUACUAGACUACAUAUUGCUCAAUCUGCAGAGAGAGAACUACCCAAAAUUAAGCGGAAAUAAUAAUAAUAAUAAUAAUAAUAAUAAUAAUAAUAAUAAUAAUAAUCAUCAUCAUCAUCAUCAUCUGAAUGUUCAAUUACAUAAAUAGCAGGUAAAAUACUUUUUCUUGGUACCACAAGAUUAACAUGCCAGACCAUGCGUACCUUCGGCAAAAAGAUAAAAAUGCGCCAUCUUUUCGCUCUUGACAAAAUGAAAACUUGAUUGUGUAUAUAUAUAUAUAUAUUAAAGAUUUUGGCCCCUAAAAGAAAUUUGGAACUUUUUAAAAAAAGAAAAAAGAAAAAGAAAGAAAGGUUUGAAUAUAAAAAAUUUUCGUUAAAAUGGUUCUAGUCCCACAAAUGAAAAGAGAUUACAUCCUUUCAACGACUUUGAUUCUACAAAGGGAUUGAACACAUGAACCUAAAUCUAUUCAACAAUCUUCCCAGCAUAAUCGUCACAAAACAGUCAAAAUGUCUCGUCAAACUACCUCCUGAGGCUAAUAUAACAAGAAGUGACAUCUCGGGCUCUGGGCCAUGACGUCUACCACCGAUCGAAAGGCGAGAUUCUCCAUCGAAUGACUGGAGGGAUCACCGACGCGAUUUGAGGUACUCAGCUAGGUUUUGAUUCUGGUUGCGAAUGGCACAGAGGCCAUGGAGGCGAGGGCCGUGAUCGCUCUUCAGCGAGGAGUCAGCUAUGGAAUUACGAUGGCUUCCAUGCGUGAGAAUGGAACCAACGAGGGUGAACAACCACCAGACCAGGCAGAAGAGAUGCAGU